CUCUCUCUCUCUCUCUCUCUCUCUCUCUCACUCUGCUAUUAUUUAAAACCUCUCUUCCCUCUCUCUCUCUCUCUCUCUCUCUCUCAGAGUCUCUACAAAUGAUCUCACACUCCCAAACCCACCUUCUCUCCCAAACCCCACCACUCCUCUCCUUCUCUCCAACCACUUCUUCUUCUUCUUCUUCUUCUUCCCUCACUCUCAACACAAACCUCUCAAAUCUUCGCUUCCCACAAACACUCUCUCUUUCUCUCUCUCAUUCUCGCUCACCGACUCCAAUGUCCACCAACUCCAAGCUCUCCAAUGGAAUCGACACCCUUCAACUAGACCUCCCGCAACAAUCCGAGCUUGAUCGUAUUGCCCAGGUCGCCAACACGGUCGCCGACGCUGCCGGAGAAGUCAUUCGCAAGUACUUCCGGAACAAGUUCGAGAUUCUCGACAAGGAAGACCAGAGUCCUGUAACAAUUGCUGAUAAAGAAGCAGAGGAAUCGAUGGUUUCAAUUAUUUUGGAGAAUUUCCCUUCACAUGCAAUUUAUGGAGAGGAGAAUGGAUGGAGGUGUAAAGAGAAGUUUUCAGACUAUGUUUGGGUUUUAGAUCCAAUAGAUGGGACAAAGAGUUUCAUCACUGGAAAACCCGUAUUUGGUACCCUCAUUGCAUUGCUCUACAGGGGUACACCAAUUCUUGGCAUAAUCGAUCAGCCUGUUCUGAGAGAAAGAUGGAUUGGGAUAAGUGGAAGGAGAACAAUUCUAAAUGGACAAGAAGUGUCUACUCGCUCUUGUCCAAAGCUGUCACAAGCCUACUUGUAUACUACAAGUCCACAUCUGUUUAGCGGAGAAGCAGAAGAAGCAUUUGCUCGUGUUAGAAACAAGGUAAAAGUGCCAUUAUAUGGUUGUGACUGCUAUGCUUAUGCUCUUUUGGCUUCUGGCUUUGUGGAUCUUGUUAUUGAGUCUGGUCUAAAGCCAUACGAUUUCCUUUCACUGAUACCUGUGAUAGAAGGUGCUGGGGGAGUCAUAACUGAUUGGAAAGGAAAUCAGCUUCACUGGGAGGCUUCUCCAGAUUCAGGAAUAACAAAAUUUAAUGUAGUGGCAGCCGCGGACAAACAAGUUCAUCAACAAGCUGUAGAUUUGUUACAAUGGCAAUGAAAUUUGUAUUGAUCUGGACCGCUAGAAUUGAAAUAAUUGACAGCAAAAAUCAGUUGGGAGGAACUGCUUGUCUUUUUCUUUUUUAAAUCUGUGCAUAUUGAAAACAAAUACAGGCUACUUUUCAAUUUAGCUUAUGUCAUAAAUUUCAUUAGCCAUA